UGCAGCAGUUUAGUCAACACCUACUAGCUGUUAAAUGAAAUGGAUAUCUGUUCCCAAUAGCUACAUCUAACGUACGAUAGCCGUCCUGUGCACAAUGCAACGAAUUAAUGGUUUUGCCUUUGGCUUUGCCUUUACAUUAGGGACUCUUGUACUAGCCAAUAUUCCUACUUACAAGAGCAAGAUCGAUGGAUGGACGUUUUUCAACCGGUCGCUCGACUUUGAAAUGAUAAAACGGAAUUACAAUCCCCUUUCGGGGCUCAAUCAAACGCUAUGCAUAACAGCUGCUUUCAAGCCUAGCCAAAGUGGUGCGCAUGAAAUAAUGAAGGUAUUUUUCUACAGAAAUCUUUCUUCCACGGAUUGGCCUAUUGCUAACGUCACCAUGACAUUUGUGAGCAUGGCAAAUACCACUCGGUACAAUACAGUGCAUUCCAGAAUAAAUAUGAGUCUUCAUGGUUACUCAUUACCACCACCACGUUGGAGAUUUCUCUACACAGAAGAAAACUGUACUGUAGUAAAAGUACUACACGAGAAGCCAAGUCCCUCCGAAAGAUCCAGCGGAAAGAGAGAAUCAACACAGAUAUCCAAAUAUUGUGAGCUGUGGGCUGUGCAAUGGAACCAAUGGAAAAGUAAUUCAUACAAACCGGCAGAAAGUAGCAGCCUUUGUGAGGAAGCGUUCAGCAGCAUGUGCGAAAAUAAGAGCGUCUACACAGUGUUAGAUAGCAGAUUUUGCUGACCGAAGCAAAUAAAUGUAAUGAAUUUCUUA